CCCCGGUUGAUGGCAGCGGCAGCUGGGUCCGCAGCGGAGCGCGGCCCUGGAGAGCUGCAGGCAGCGGCCGGAGCGCGCAGCCUGCACCCGAGCCCAGACACCGCGGACGUCCGAGAGGCAGUUCUCUCGCCCCCGGCGCACUCCCGACCGGCUCCGCAGAGGAGUCGCAGCGUGAGCACACCCCCUGCCGGCUUAGGACCAGCUCACAGAACUAAGGACCAAAGGCAUUUCUGAGCACUAAGAUCCUCCACCUCUGCCGCAGCCAUGAGCCGUCGUGUGGUUCGGCAGAGCAAGUUCCGCCAUGUGUUUGGGCAGGCAGCAAAGGCCGAUCAGACCUACGAGGAUAUCCGUGUAUCCAAGGUCACAUGGGACAGCUCCUUCUGUGCUGUAAACCCCAAAUUCCUAGCCAUUAUCGUGGAGGCUGGAGGUGGGGGUGCCUUCAUCGUCCUGCCUCUGGCCAAGACAGGACGAGUGGACAAGAACUACCCGCUGGUCACUGGGCACACUGCACCUGUGCUGGAUAUUGACUGGUGCCCACACAAUGACAAUGUCAUCGCCAGUGCCUCAGAUGACACCACCAUCAUGGUGUGGCAGAUUCCAGACUAUACCCCUGUGCGCAACAUUACAGAACCCAUCAUCACACUCGAGGGCCAUUCCAAGCGUGUGGGCAUCCUCUCCUGGCAUCCUACUGCCAGGAAUGUCCUGCUCAGUGCAGGUGGUGACAAUAUGAUCAUCAUCUGGAAUGUGGGCACUGGAGAGGUGCUGCUGAGCCUAGAUGACAUGCAUCCAGACGUCAUCCACAGUGUGUGCUGGAACAGCAAUGGUAGCCUGCUAGCCACCACCUGCAAGGACAAGACACUGCGCAUUAUCAAUCCCAGAAAGGGCCAAGUGGUGGCGGAGAGGUUUGCAGCCCACGAGGGGAUGAGGCCCAUGCGGGCUGUCUUCACGCGCCAGGGUCAUAUCUUCACCACGGGAUUCACUCGCAUGAGCCAGCGAGAGCUGGGCCUGUGGGACCCGAACAACUUCGAGGAACCAGUGGCACUGCAGGAGAUGGACACAAGCAACGGAGUACUGCUGCCCUUCUACGACCCAGACUCCAGCAUCAUCUACUUGUGUGGCAAGGGCGACAGCAGCAUUCGGUACUUUGAGAUUACGGAGGAGCCACCCUUCGUGCACUAUCUCAACACGUUCAGCAGCAAAGAGCCACAGCGGGGCAUGGGUUUCAUGCCCAAACGAGGGCUGGACGUCAGCAAGUGUGAGAUCGCCCGGUUCUACAAGUUGCAUGAAAGAAAGUGUGAGCCCAUCAUCAUGACUGUGCCACGCAAGUCAGACCUGUUCCAGGACGAUCUAUACCCAGAUACACCCGGACCAGAGGCUGCCCUGGAAGCAGAGGAAUGGUUAUCCGGUCAGGACGCUGAACCCGUACUCAUUUCACUGAGGGAUGGAUAUGUGCCUCCUAAGCAUCGCGAGCUUCGGGUCACUAAACGCAACAUCCUGGAUGCUCGACCGUCCUCUGGCCCCCGCCGCAACCAGUCAGCCAGUGAUGCUCCCUUGUCGCAGCAGCACACCUUGGAGACACUGCUGGAAGAGAUCAAGGCCCUUCGUGAGCGGGUACAGGCCCAGGAGCAGCGCAUCACAGCUCUGGAGAACAUGCUGUGUGAGCUGGUGGAUGAUGGCACCGACUAGCACAUCCCUGUGCAGCUGAGCGACUGUGCUCAGUGCCCAGCAGGCAGGACAGACGAACCAGCCCAAUUCAAACUUUGGUCUGGGACUCACCUUCUUGGGCUGGGGUUGGAGGCAGGACUGGGAAGGAAAUUAUGCCCUCAUGGGAGACCUGGCAGAAAGGAGCUUAUGGGAGACCCGGGUUUGUCUGGCAGGGGCCAGACUGCACUCUUGCUCUGGAACUCAGCUCGAGCUGGCCUAAGAGACUACUGGGGUACACUAGGCCUGAGCAAUGGUGUUGUGUGGCAAGGUGGUAUCCUCCUCUGUCCUUGGCGCUAGGCGGGGGGUAAUGCUUAUUUAUUAGCAGAAUGCUUGGGAAUAUUGGGGAGUUUGGGCUUGACCUCAAAGGGUUGGUCACUUCACAGGUCUCCCCAGACUAAGUGGGAAAAAUGAGGGCACUUCUCCUUAUCAGAUAAUUUGACUCCACCAAUCUGAGUGAUAAAACCCAGUUCUGAGUUGACAGCACCCUAGUUCUACAGACACAUGCACAGCCUGCGCAACCCCGACCCGGGGUCUAUGGCAGAUGACAGGGAAGACUCUGCCAGAGAAAUCUCAGAACUGGUGUAAGAAAGCAGGUUCACACCACACACACACACACACACACACACACACACACACACACAACCAGCUUUGGCUGUGGCCUUAAUUCUGAGGAAAACAAAAUUAUGAUAUGUUUUACUAAGUGCAAAUUUGUUUCUCCUGCAUGGCUUGGAGCAGGCAAAGGGGAAACAGUCCCAGGCUCCUUGGAGAACUUAGGAAAUGCAAGCCUGGGCUCAGGACUCACUGAACAGCCUCUCACCCUGCAGUCCUCCUCACCCUGAGCAGGACUCCCCACCCUACCCACCCCAGGAACUCCUCCUCAGUAAAAUCAGGAACGAGC